CUAGAUUGGUUGACCUCGAAGAGACAUCAGUUCUGUGGUCACUGCACUGAUACAUGAACAAAAUGCACAUCAACGACUUCCCAGAUGAGAUUCUCUCAUCUAUUCUUGACUAUGCUGCUCAAAUGAACGCUGAGAAUGGUGUGAAAUACACUUUUGGUCUUACUCAAGCCCCUCUCCCAAUCUCGCGAACGCCAUUGACGAGAUAUAUCAGAGGACCUGUGCAGCCUGAAGCACAACGCUGGGACGGAGCAUCUACCAUUCGCGGCGUAUGCACAAGAUGGCAUGAUUGGGCCAUCCAGAACACCAUAAAGACCGUGUCCAUCAGAAGAUGGCAAGGCUCAGAGAGGUGGGCGGAGAUCCCAACUCGUCGUUCAUCCUACGGAGCGUAUGAGCUUAUGAGCAAGCCCAAAGGCAGUGCGGUCUACCGGGAUCCCUUUGGUUUUCUCAAGAGUGCCGUCAAGUUCUUCGCUCAAUACCCAGAUGUGGCAGGCGAGGUGCGCCGCAUGUUCUUCGAUGGCUUCCACACUGUCGAAACGGACCGCAUGACAUUUGACGUCCUGAGAAGCUGCCGUCAUCUCACCUCUGUCAGUGUGCCUUGGACUUUGCUGCGCCAUGGAAGUGCACAGGACUGGAUUCAUCUACUGGGAAUCUCCUCAGAGGACGAUGUUGCUCUUAAGUCUCUGGAGCUGCGUGCCACAUGUCUUGCCAAUGCUCAGGAGAAGGAGUGGUCGCACGUUGAGAACACCCAUCCACUUGCAGACCCCAGAGUGAGCUUCUCGCAUCUGAAGCGCUUGAAAAUCUUCGGCAACACUCACCUAAUGCCUAUCGACGAUGAGGACAUGUUCAACAUCGCACGUAGUGCAACUCGUCUCGAAGAAUUCCACCUGACCAAUCUAUCCACUGUUACUAUCGCUGGAGUCAUGGCCAUCGUCAACUCAUCCGCAAAUACCCUCCGUGUCCUUGAACACUCUCCACGCUCAGACGAUGGCUUCUUCCACCCUCACCCAGGCCAUCUUUCCCCGGAGACACAUGUCUGCGAGUCUCUGGCCUCCUGCCCUCGUCUCAAGGAUCUGUCCAUCUCAAUUCCUAGCAUGUGCGCCUGCCUAUUCUCCCACGAAGAAGUUGUCUGGGAAGGCGAAUGCCAAGUUCGUGCGCUCGAACUCUGUGACGGCGACAAUACCAGCACAAACGAAUCCUACCGCGCUCAACAAGCGCAAAAGUCGUGCCGUCUGCGUGACGUCCUCUCCUCAGCACGCACACUCAUGCAGAACCAGAAGCGCAAGCGCAAGGAGCUCGACAUUGAAAUCUUCUUUGCCGACUGCAUCUUCAACCCCAAGGAACGCAUUGUGCAUGGUGACUUCUCCUUUGCAGAGAUCUCGAGCGGUGGUGCUUGGCCUAUGGCUUGGGAGCCUUCUGCAAAGGGACCAUACGGAUCCACUGGUGUCUACGGUAAGACCGAGAGCUCGUGGAUCUGUGUCAGCGAAGAUGAGCUUGUCCGUGCUGUCGAAAAGAACUGGUUCAGACUUUGAGGAUGCCGCCCGCGGCCUUUCAUCUCUCCUCUUCUCUUUCUCUUGGUUUCUCGUUAAUGCCAUCACAUGUUAACGAUACCCACGAUUCUUGCUGUUGCUCUGCUAGCGAAAUUGCUUUUUACCUAUAUAAUAUGCAUCCAGCGAGGACGAAAAAAAGUUGCUUUUGAUUUUCAC